AUGCUCAAACAAUACCACGAAGACCUAGCUCCUGUGGUUUAUGACAUUGUGUGCUGUAGUAUAAGUCAAUGUUGUUAUCCAUCACUCUACAAACAUGCCCUAAUUUCCCCUGUUCCUAAAGUGCAACCACCGAGAGACAUUAACAAUGAUUUCCGCCAGAUAUCAGUCUUACCCCAUCUUGCCAAGAUCCUGGAAAAGAUGCAGCUUCAGUUAAAUAUUGAAGAUCUGAAAAUUAAGAAUAACCAGCACGCGUUUACUCAACAUCGAAGCACAGUCUCUGCGUUAAUAUCAACUACCCAAACCUGGUUUAAUGCCACUGAUUGUUCAAAAACAGGCAAAAUGGGGGUUCAUGCGGCCUUCAUUGACUUUCGUAAGGCCUUCCACCUUGUGGAUCACAAUAUUCUUUUGAACAAAUUAGCAGCUAUGAACAUAAAUAAACCCUUCUGGUUAUGGAUUAAAAGUUUCCUUUCCGGAAGAGUUCAACAAGUAAAUCUCAAUGGUACCUUAUCAUCCAUUGCAACAUGCCCGGCCGGAGUCCCGCAAGGCUCUGUAAUAUCUCCCAUUCUUUUUAAUACCUACAUUGAUGAUUUGGAGGACGCCUUACCAGAACAACUAAAAGUCAGUACGAAUAAGUAUGCAGAUGACUGCACACAACACCAAAUAGUGAGCGUAGAUUCUAAUAGUAAUUUACAACAAUCUAUCAAUGAAGUAAGUAUGAGUAGUGUCGAGUAUGCAUCACCUGUCUGGGCGGGACUCCCUAAUUACCUGCGAGAUGAAAUAGAGCGGGUUCAAUCCAGGAGCUUAAGAAUCCUUGGCCUGGAAAAAGAUUACCUACCACCGUUGAACGAAAGAAGGGAAGAGGCAACUAGUCGAGAAGUUGAUAGGAUUAUGAACGAUCCAAACCAUCCCUGUCGCAGUGUUUUGCCAAAAUUAAUUAACAAUCGGUACAAUUUAAGGAACAUUGACCGGAAUCGCAAUAUAUCAUUCUUCUCAGGAACUGAAAGGCAUAAACAUUCUUUUUCAGGAAGAGCUUGUAAAUAUGUAUAA